CACUGAUAGCCUUUUGACAGAAAACAGAUCUAGCUCUCUUCCUUUGCCCCCAGUCCCAACCAGUCCAGGAAGAAGAUGGCGAUGAUAUUGGAGGCCUUCGUCUUCAGUUUUGCUGAACGACUGGUCGAGUUGGUGAAGAAAGAGGUUGACAUGCUCUUGGGUGUGCCGGGCGAGAUCACAAAGCUUAAAGACGAGCUCCGUAUGAUCAACAAAGUUCUUGCGGAUGCCGAGAGGAGGAGCAUCAGUGAUGAGGCCAUUGAUGACUGGAUCAAGCAGCUCAAGGAUUUUAUGUACGAUGCCGACGACAUCCUCGACCUCUGUCGCAUCGAGGCCGACAAGUGUGGUGAAGGUUCUUCCUCCACUUCUUCGGUAUGCUUCCCCUUUCCCCUUCUGUCUUGCUUCCGAAAGCCUCUAGUUGCUCAUGAGUUUGGCACGAAACUUAGAGAACUCAAUAUGAGACUUGAGAAGAUCUCGAGAAGGGGGUUUGAAUUCAGUCUCCAAAUCAGUUCCCCUAUCAAGCAAGAAGUGACAUCUCAAAAGAGUCGCAAGACAUCUCCUGUAGGUGAGAUUGAUAUUGUAGGAUCUGAAAUUGAAGAGCACACUCGGUGCUUGGUUGACUUGCUAGUUAAGGAUGACAGACGGAGAAACAUUCUUGUUUUUGCAAUUCUGGGUGCAGGGGGGAUUGGCAAGACCACACUUGCUAAAAGGAUAUAUAAUGACCCAAUGAUUCAGGAGGAGUUCUCAGUGAAGAAGUGGGUGUGUGUAUCGCAAGACUUUGAUGACAUAACUUUGCUGAAAGAUAUCUAUGACGGCAUCAAGGAUGAUCUUGCUGGGGAUCAGAGCAAGUCCUGGCUGGAGCCCAAAGUCGAGAGCAGUCUUGGGGGUAAGAAGUUGUUUCUUGUUCUUGACGACGUUUGGACUGCAAAGGUUUGGUGUGACUUGUUAUGUAACACAUUAAAAAAUUGUGCUGCUGGCAGUAGGAUCCUUGUUACUACAAGAAAUGAACAGAUCGCGAUGCAGAUGUCGGCAGUGAAAAUCCAUCAUGUCAACAAGCUAUCUUUAGGGGAUAGUUGGAUAUUGCUUUGCAAGAAGGUGGCCUUGACAGGAGAGGAGGGAGAGAUCCAGCAUCUCAAGGACACAGGGAUGGAGAUUGUUAAGAAAUGUGAUGGCCUUCCUCUAGCCAUUAAAGCGGUUGCAGGGGUGCUAUGCAUGAAGGAGAGGACCGGGAGAGCUUGGAAUAGAGUUCUUGAAAGCACUGCAUGGUCUACAUCUGGGCUUCCUGAGGAGGUUAAGGGAGCAUUAUAUUUGAGCUACGAAGACCUACCAAGCUAUCUAAAGCAAUGUUUUAUAUACUGCUCAUUAUUUCCUGAAGACCAUACACUUAAUAUGCAUUAUAUUACUCAACUUUGGAUUGCCGAGGGAUUCGUGAAAGCUGAGGGGAGUUCGACUAUGGAAGAGACAGCAAAAGAGUACUACAGAGAGUUGAUCAUGCGAAAUCUUCUGCAGCCAUAUGAUACUUACGCAUGCCAGAUGCAUGACCUCCUACACUGUCUUGCUCGAUAUAUGGCACGAGAUGAUAGCUCAGUUGUCACAAGGGUGCACAAGAUAGGCAGCAGUAAUGGGCCGAUGAAGCUGCGUCGGGUGUAUGUGACAGACUCUGGAAUUACAGACAAUAGAAUGAAGGAAAUCCUUGAUGUCUUCAUAAAACAAAACUCGUUGAGAACCCUAAUAUGGACAGGGAGUUUGAUGUCUGAGACUUGGAUAAAUGUUAUAUUUAAUAAACUUUCUCGUUUAAGAGUGCUGGAUGUGUCUUUCUCGGCAAUUCAAAGAUUGCCACCUUCUUUGGAUAACCUCAUACACCUGAGGUACCUGAAUAUCUCAUAUACUAAGAUAAGCAUGAUUCCAGAAACCAUAGGGAAUCUCAGAAAUCUACAAGGGCUAGAUAUCUCACAUACCAAGAUAACCGCGAUACCGGAAACCAUCGGGAAUGUCAGAACUCUACAGUACUUGAAAAUGCAGAAUUGUCGGUACCUUUCUCGCCUUCCUAACAAUAUCGUGAAUUUACACAACCUAAUGAGUCUCGAUCUUGAUUUUACGAAGGUGGUUGGGAUGCCGGCAGGGCUAGGAAGGCUUCAAAAUCUUCAUACUCUGAGAGAAUUUAGUCCGCCAAGCAACCGGACAGAGGGAUGGUGCACGAUUGAAGAAUUGAGAUCCCUCUCGUGUCUCACGGAUCUCUCAAUCGGUAGGUUGGAGCGUGUAUCCAGCCGCUCCGAGGCAAGAGUAGCCGAACUUAGAAACAAGCCUAAGCUUACGUCACUCAGGCUACAUUGCACUCCAGAUCUUCAACCCAGCGAGGAAGAGAUGAGGGGAAUUGAGGAGAUGUUUGAAGAGCUCGACCCUCCACCUUCCCUGGAACGACUGUGGAUCGAGUAUUACUUCGGUCGUGAGUUCCCAAAAUGGAUGGUAGAGACAUCUUCAUCAACAUCAAUUCUUUUUCCAAAUUUGAGGAGGUUAAAUCUAUAUGGUUGCAGGUACUGUGAGCGGCUUCCGCCUUGCGGACUGCUCCCUAAUCUAGAAGAUCUUGACAUCUGGAAUGCUGAAUCAGUCACAGAUGUUGGACCUGAAUUUUCGGUGGGUACUAGCAGCACUAGUAGUGGCGGUGGCAGAGCAGCGGUAGAUACCUCCAAGUAUGCAUUUCCCAAGCUGAAGUUCCUACAGUUUCUUAGAAUGCCUAAUUGGCAGGAAUGGCAUUGGGAUAAAGGAACACAAGCAAUGCCAUGUCUCAAGUAUCUGUACCUUGUUAAUUGCCCCAAGUUGAUGUCUCUUCCCGAGGGUCUCCUGCUCCACGCAACCUCCCUCACAAAAUUGGGGAUAUGGAAUGCCGCCAGCCUAACAACAAUUGAGAACCUCCUUUCACUCAAAGAAUUGGAUAUACUUGGUGCUCGCAAACUGCACAAAGUUUCGGACCUCCCUGCGCUCACAACCCUCGAGGUCGACGAUUGCCCGAAAUUGCAAGUGAUGGAGAAUGUUCAGUCUUUGAAGAGGAUGAAACUGGUCGACCAUGAGAUGAAAUCGCUUCCGUCAUACUUACUGAUCAAAGGAGUACAUACAGCUCAUCUGGAGGAGAUGGAGAUCCGGUGCAGCAUGGAACUGAUAAGAAAGAUUUGCCGAAGGGCCAGCCCAGAGUGGCCAACAAUCCAAGACAUCCAGGAGGUGCAUGUAUACUCAAAGGAUAGAUCGGUGCAUGUCUUGUAUAACAAGUCCCCCUUCAGCUUCACUUUAAAAACAAAGAGGCUUGAUAGAAAACAAUAAAAGAAUGAAUUGCUGCAAUGGACUAGUAAUACUAAAAUGCUUUUAUGAUUCUCUGUUGGUUGCCAGAAAGUAGACAACGUAGAAUGAUCAUACUUUGGUGACGUACAAAUUUGGUUUUGAACCAGUAGAAUAUAUUUUUUUCUGGAAAA